CUGACGGAAACACGGGAGUGCCAUGAAGAUUCUCUUUUUCACUAUGACUGCCCUCCUUCUUUGUUACUCAUCUGUCAGUCUGGACUACUGCGAACUAGAGUACCCCGAUCUGCACAAAUGGGCCGUCUGCGUCGGGUUGCAUUCAAGCGUCAACUUGAGGACAACAAUAUUGGAAGUUGGAAAAGCUCUUUCCUGUCGCAACUUCUUGUGCACAUUUGGAAAGUUUUGUCUAGAAGGAAGCCCGGAUACGGUACUCCCAGUCCACUUCACGGCGGAGCAUAUUGCCGAGCUAGAAACACUGUGGAAAGAGUGCAGCCUGGGAAACUGACUAAAAAACAAAGCAGGCUUUGACUCUAAUUUGGGAAACUUGAGCAAUAAAAAAUUACAUAAACAGUGAUUUUGUUAGAAAGUGGAGUAAUCUCUCACCAAUUCGCAGUUUGGCUUUUACCAGCGUGUACAUCUCGUCUGCCUUCAAUGCAG